AAGUUAGGAGUUUUUUGAAUUAUCGAAGGAGUUUUCUAAAAUUUGCGAUGAAUAUUUAUAAAUAACUCAUUUACGAAUUAUAAUAUGGCUGCUCCAAUUUCUUGGAAUAAAGGAAGUCCAGCAGUUUCAUCUUAACACUGCCUUAUGGUGAUGCAAUAUGGUUCCUUUAAUAAAUUAUAAUUGGUCGGUUUUAUUUUACAUCUGACGUUGAAAGAAGCUGAAGAGUGCAGUUGUCAAGGAUUCAACGUACGAGUGAUGGAGUAUAUUUUACCCAUUUUUCAACAUGGUCAGUUAGAAGUAGCUCAUGGUCGACCUGAUCAUGCAAUCCCCUACUUUACCAGAGCCUUAGAUUUUUUCCACGGUGUUGGUCGUCAUCAUAAUCCCACUUUUUGGUCAGACAUUUUGUUAUCUCGUGCUGAUUGUUAUUUGAGACUUCAACAAUAUGGUCCGGCAAUAAGAGAUAUACAACAGGCUUUAAAUGACUGUCCGAACGAACUUUAUAAAGGUGAUCAUGCUCGUCUAUGGUUUAACAAUGGAAGGACUGCUCCAUCGGUUGUAGCAGUAUGGUGUUUUUCAGUAGCUUUGCAUUUUUCAGCUGGAGAUCAAAUGUUCCAAAGUGAGAUUUAUUCUGAAAGAGCACUGUCUCACUAUAAUAAUAAAAAUCACGAAGAAUGUGAAAGGGAUAUUGAAAAGUCGAAAAGCUUGAACAGAGGCCCGUCCGUGGGAGUAGGCAGAAACCUGCUGAAUCAGGGAACGCAAAUGAUUCAAACAAAAAAUUAUGAUCAAGCUGUUCAUCAUCUUCAACUUGCUGAAAAUUAUCUUCGGCCACUCAAUCAAGCUGAUCAUUCAACGAAACGUCUUUGGCAAGAGAGCUGUAAAGGCGUCAUUUAUGCUGCUUGGUGUGGCAAAAUGUAUAUGAAAGCUAUACAAUCAGGAAAGAAGAGACGUCGUAUGGAGGAGAUUACCAAUGAGAAGGAAGCUCGUGAUUGGAAGGAGAGAGGAAACGAAAUGAUAAGAGACAAAAAAUUUACUCUUGCUAUUGAUUGUUACACUCUGUCCAUACAAUAUAUUCCUGACAAUGAUGAUGAACUACGAGGAACACUUUACAGCAAUCGUUCACAAGCGUAUUUAAAGAACAAUCUGUUUAAAAAAUCUAAAGAAGAUGCAGAGAAGUGCGUAAAAUAUCGUCCUGAUUGGUGUAAGAGUUACUACCGAUUAGGCUCAGCCCUUAGUGAACUCAAAGAAUAUGAUCGCGCCUUGGAUAUGUUUAGAAAAUGGCUAAGUCUCGAAGAUAUUUUAGAAAAUGACAAAUACGAAGUGGUUGAAAAAAUCAUGAAAAUUGCUUUACAUUGUAAGGAUGGACCAAUGAAGGUGAAUUUUGAACUUCCUCGUGACUGUGUGAGUCGAUAUUUAAAAGAAUGUGUUGAAAGAAAUGACUGGAAGUCUUUAGAAGUUUUCCUACUUGGUGGCGGUGGUAAACGGUCGUAUGGAAAAGGUGAAGGUGGAAUAGCAACGGGUAAUUGCGAUCUGAGUGAGAUAUCGUUGUGUGGCAUUGUAAAAUCAGAACCUAAACCAAGCAGUUAUUAUCAACUGAUCACUGUGAUGAUAGAUCACGGUGUUUUCGUAAAUGGACGGAAUGAACAGGAUAUUCCAUUAGCUCUUGCAGUGAAUCACAAUGAUCAUGAUUUAGCUGUCGUUUUGUUGGAGAAAAGCGCAAAUCCUGACGGUCUUACAAAAAGUAAAUUUGGAAAACACGAUGAUAUGCCUAUUCACUCUGCAUUCAGAAUUGGUCUUAAUUCAGGACAUUGGAAAGUUUUCACCCACUUAAUGGAAAACUCUGCAACCGCAAAGCCAUGUCUUGAAAUUUUGGACAGAAAAGGAAACAGUCUGUAUCAUAUAGUGGCGUCUGGUGACAGAGCUUGGCAUCACGUAAUUGAAGGGGUAGAAUUCCUAAGGAGAUACAGAAUUGAUCCGAGAACAAAAAAUAAAGAUGGAAAGACUCCGUUAAUGAUGAUACGUCAAAACAAUGACCUUAGAUAUCGUCUUAUUGAAGAAAGUAUCAAAAGCCUCGCGCCUGAAAAUACGAAAAAGAAAAAGCGGAAAAAAAAGAAUAGAAUCAAGGAAGAAACUGCUGAGGUUUCAAAGAAAUGCGAUGAAGUGAAAGAUACAAAGAAAGUAGUUACGCCAAUCGUCGUCGAGAUAGAGCCAGUGGUUACAACAGCUCAUCGCCCCACAGAGAUAGAAAAAUUGCGUGAAAAGAUUUGCUCAAGCUAUCGAAGAUCUUCCAGAGGAUAUCAAAUGUGAAAUGAAACGAAAGAGUCAAAGUGUAACGACUUGAAAGAAACGGAAGAAGUUGAUCAAAAUAUUGCUUGUGGCAGCAACGAGACUAUUUCAAAUCAAGAGCUCAGUGACAACACAAUAACAAACGAGAACGAAAUGAUUCAAGGUAAAGCACCAAUUCCUGCGCUAGAUUUAAAUCUUGAAGAUAAAGAUAAUGAAGAGAUUGAUGAUCAAGACUAUCUAUUUGAUGAUGCCAGCGAGGAGACAUUUGACAAGUUAACUUGGGAAGUGGAAUGUACAUCUGACGUAUGGAAAAAACUUAAAGACAAGAAAUUACCACGUGACAAAAAGAAGAAAAUUGUAAGAAUCAUCAGACAGUUGGCUAAUGGAAUUAUGCGGGGAAACCUUGCCAAACCUUUGGUUGGAAUUGCAAAGGAAUCAGAUAUUCGUUUGUUCGAAGCUAAGCUGGAUAAAUCAGCUCGCAUUUUAUGGGAACGAGCUAUUGCUUUCUCUCCGCGUUGUAGCGCGUUGUCGGAUAACAAGAAUGAAAACAAAGGAGAAAUUUAUACUGAAGUCAUAAGAAUUUGGGACAUCGUUUUCGAUCAUGACACUGUGCCCAGGAAGAUCAAGAGAAUAGUUCGUUCAUAUAAUCGCGGAACAAGCUGUUUUAUUAAGAAGAAUUUGAAAGGUACUCCAGUCGAUAAUUCAUCAUCAGCAAUAGACGAUCAAAAAUCGGUUCCCAAAUUAUACGUCCUUAGAGAUGAUCCCAAGCAGACGGCAAUCGAAUACGUAGCGCCGGUUGAAAAAUCACGUUCCUCUAAUGAAACCUCUAAGAUAUUCUUUCCACCUGGCAGCCCUGAGGAAACGGAGUAUCACAUACUUAAGUUUUAUGCCUUCUCAAAUGCAAUGGUUAAUGCUAUGCUUGAUGGUCAAAUUACCAGCCAUUUUGAUUUUCCUUUUCGCGUUUCGGAACUGGAACAUUCGGUUAUAAAUCUGGCUCCAAAACAAACGACUUCAAUUCUUCUGCUUGGCCGCAGUGGAACUGGAAAGACCACAUGUUGUUUGUAUCGCUUGUGGAACAAUUAUCAAAAAUAUUGGCAAUCAAACACGAUCAGUGAACCUAGUAUUCCAAAUGUCGCACAAUUUAUUCCUCGACAAACCGAUGACGACGUUGAUAACGCCGGAAACGAAGGAGAAAAAGAGAAUGAAACGUCCACGUUUGAAGAGACAAGUUGUUCUUCCCUUCACCGUGCCAGUCAUGCCACACAAGAUGAUCAAGGAUGCUCAAGCUCUUCUUUACAGCAGGAAGCCUGGUUAUCGAUGGACGAAACGCGUGAACAAACUGAAAUUAUAGAAUGUACUAGCCAUGAAUCCUCUUGUCAGAACGACAGUAAUGCAGAUUCGCUAACCAUUGAGAAGAAAAAAACUUUCGAACAUCUUCACCAGGCAUUUAUCACGAAGAACGCGGUGUUGUGCAAGGAAGUCCAGAAAAAUUUCACCGAGUUAAGUCACGCAUGCUUUUCAACGCCGGAUGAUGUUACCCAUCAACAAUCUUCGGCAUCUUUAGCAUACAAAUUUGAUCAGGUUGAAGAGCAAGCAUGGCCUUUAUUUAUUUGUUCUCGAGAUUGGCUGUUAAUGUUAGAUGCAUCCUUGCCUGGUGAACCAUUCUUCCAAAGAAACGAAGACGGGAAGCUGGAAAGAAACGUGAAAGGCUGGGCUGAAGAGGAUAACAACUUACAGGAAAUACCAGAGGAGUAUUCUGAUGAUGAAGAUGAAAGCGAUGAUGAAAUUGAAAGCAAGCCUGCAGCAGCAGCAGAAGGCGAACAUAAUGAACAACAAAGUGAAGGAAAACUGGAUCUUAGGCGAGAAAUCACGUACCAAGUGUUCAAGAACGAGUUGUGGCGGAAAAUGACAAAGAGAAAGAAAGUAGAUUAUCAUUCAAGCCUUGUGUGGACAGAGAUAAUAUCAUUCAUUAAAGGGUCUGUCGAAGCACUUCAUAAUGAGCUUGGUUACAUAACGUUGGAAGAAUAUCAGACCAUAGGAAAUAAAAGAGCGCCUAGUUUCACCGCGGACCGGGAAACGGUCUAUGAAUUGUUCUUGGCUUAUCAACGCAUAAGACGCAGUCUAGGAAUGUUUGAUGAAGCCGACGUGGUCCAUCAUAUUUAUCAUCGUCUUGAACAUCACGUACCAACCUGGUCAAUUCAUGAGAUUUAUGUUGACGAAACACAAGACUUCACCCAAGCCGAACUUUCUGUAAUUAUUCGCUCAUGUCGUAAUCCUAACAGAUUAUUCUUCACUGGAGACACAGCUCAGAGUAUUAUGAGAGGGAUUGCCUUCCGGUUUAGUGAUCUUAGAUCACUUUUCUACUACAUGAAGGAAUCUGUUAAAGCUAUUGGGCAAGAAGCAGACGUCGUUGUUCCUGACAGAGUUUACGAACUUACGCACAAUUAUCGAUCUCACGCUGGUAUCUUAAACUUAGCUUCGAGUGUCACUGAUUUGUUAUCUCACUUUUUCCCCGAAUCGUUUGAUCGAUUAGCGCGUGAUCAGGGGCUGUUUGAUGGGCCUAAACCAGUUCUCUUGGAAUCAUGCAGUUUUAGUGAUUUGGCUGUCAUUCUUCGUGGUCACAAGCGAAAGACGUCACCCAUAGAAUUUGGCGCACAUCAAGUCAUUCUUGUUGCUUCUGACGAAGUUCGAAAUUCGCUCCCAGAAGAACUGAGUCUUGCUCUGGUCAUGACUAUUUACGAAGCAAAGGGUCUCGAAUUUGAUGACGUUUUGAUAUACAACUUUUUCAAAGAUUCUCAGGCGCUAAAGGAAUGGCGUGUGGUGGGAACAUACAAAGAGAAUCUAGAUGAUGAUACAAACGUUAGUGCAACUGGUAUCGCUGAAAUCAUGGCUGACAACGUGGAAUACAAGGCAAGACCACUGGAGUUUAAUCCUGACCAGCACAAGAUCCUCAUUUCAGAAUUCAAAUAUUUGUACACAGCUCUCACAAGAGCUAGAGUCAAUGUUUGGUUAUUCGAUGAAAGUGAAGAAGCAAGGACACCGAUGUUUGAAUAUUUUCAGAAACGAGGCGUGGUUGACGUGAAACACGUUCAGAAAACCGAAGAUGAUACAGCCUCCCUUGAAGGAAUGUUUGCUCAGAAAUCCGGGAAAGAUGAGUGGAGGAAACAAGGUAUCUUUUUUUACGGAAAAGGCUUGUGGAAGGUUGCCUCAAAAUGUUUUGCAAUGGCUGAUGAGGAGAUGUGGAUGAAAAGGUGUAAUGCCCAUGAACAUGCUGCUGAAGCUGCUACAAUGACGAGUGAACCUCGGAAGCUAAGAUUUGAGUUCAUGAAAGCAGCCGAUCUUUUUCUCGAGUGUGAUAUGAAAAUUGAAGCAGAGAAAUGCUUGUUCAAUGCACGGGAACGUAUUCUUUUGGCCAAAUUACAUGAAAAAUCUAAAAACUUCUCUAAAGCUGCCAAGAUUUUUUACAAAGAGGGGAAGUUUCGCGAUGCCGCGAGAAACUUCGAAAGUGCCCGCAAUUUUGAAGGAGCCGUGGAUUCUUUGCUCAAAAUCAAUCAAUAUAAUGAAGUCCUAAACAUCAUUUCCCGAUAUAAUGAUUUGGUUCAGCGUGGAGAAGAAAACAGCAUCGUAAAACAUCUUCGCUUUGAUCAAAGAGAUGAGAGCAUUUGCUAUCAGGCUGCAAAGUUCUAUCAACGUCGUGGAGACCAUGGUCUAAUGGAGGAUGCCUUAGAAAGAUUGCCGAAAGUUAAAGAUCGUAUCACCUUUCUUCAGAGGAAUGGUUUCUUUGAAAAAGCUGCUAAGUUACUAUUGAAAGAAGGAAAGGCACAAGAGGCAGCGAAGUUGAUGAGAUCAAAAGGAAGAUUUUUAGAAGCAGCUCGUUAUAGUGAUGAUGACAAGUUUAUUGCCGAAUGUUAUUUGUUGGCCGCCCGUUCAACGAUUCUUUCCAUGAAAAGCGAAGGUCAGGUCCUCACUAAGGAGAACGAAGAACUAGUAGAAGGACUUCUGGAACGUGCUGCUGAGAUGUAUAAGAGAUGUAAUGAUCUCAAUGGUCAAGCUGAAACCAAGUUCGCUCGCGGACGAUUCUACAAAAAUGCACAAGAUGUUGAAGAAGCUGGAAAUUUAUUUUACCAAGCCACAAAUUAUGCCGCUCUUACUGAUUGCUUUCUUUUGUUGAUGAAAACCAAUCCCGAAAAGUUUUUCCGUCCCAAAGCAAGAGAUACUUUAAAAGGUCUUCUUCAUCUUAUUUGUGCCUUUCACAAGCAGAAUAAGGGAAACAAUGAACAUACGGUUAUCUCAAUGUGUUAUGAAUAUUUUGGUCUUAAAGAUACAGAUGAAACUCAUUCAAAGAAAGUACCGCACCUGGAAAUGGUCAGGUUUGCUACCCUUUACAGUGCCGAAAUGAAGUUUACCCAGGACGAAAUGAUACCAGUCAUUGAAGUGGAUAAGUUGAUUAAAGAUCGCCUUUACAAAAUGGCGCAAGCUUUUAUUGAAAAAGUUUGGGACAAACAACAACAAAUAGUUGACAAAUGUACACCAUGCCCUCGAUUCAUAGCUGAAAUUACGUGUGAUGUUAAUACAUGCAAACACCACCAUGGUGAAGUGACAAGACAGUAUUUUGCUGACAGGUUUCAUGCAUUACUGUUUUUGGUUAACUUGGAGGAGAUUGUCGCCAACUUCCUUAAAGAAAUGAAACGCGAGUCAGCAAAGGUGAAAAAUCAACUUCAAAAGACUCUGUUCAUUCACCCAGAAUUUACAGCUUGUGAUCGUCUCUACGAACUCUUGUUUCCACGCGAAGGAAACUUUGUUGCAUCGUAUUUCCUAUCAGAACGUGAUGUCCACUUCUUACGUCGCAAAGUUUCUGGCCGUAUUAUGGAGUUUGCGAGAGAAAUAUGGUAUGUUCGUUGUACUGAAGACGAAAGAUGGACCAGUUCUGAUCUUUCUAUUGAAGUAUCAAACCUGAUGCGUCUUGCUGGUGGAUCUGUUGAUGGAAUGCUUAGUGCGGAAGAAAGAAAAUUUGAAGAAAGAAAAUUUAAAGAUCGAAAGCUCAAGGAUCAUCCUGGCAUGUUUGUUGGCAGAUAUGCUGGACGUUACGAUAUCUUUAGCAGAUCGCUUGAACGCUCUAAAUAUCUGUUAUAUUACAGAGGCGAUAUUCUUAAUUCUCUUCAGGCUGCGGUAAAGCAAUUCCUAUUUUCUCCAGCUAAACGUAAAGCUUUACCUUAUCCGUCCAUUGCUAAUGCUGUGAUGAUUUUGGAGCGACAACUGACCACAUGCCUCAUGUUAUACGCUCGCUUAGUGAUGAACGAGCGUAUCGUCUGUCUGCCAGAAAGUUACCUUUCAAUGGUUAAAUUCUGGGAUUUUGUUGACCGACCUCAACCAAGCCGUAAAACCAUCACCUUUUACACAGCAAUUCAAAACGCUCCGCAAUUUUUUCCUCCAGGCCCCGAAGGACAACGCAACUUCAAUCGCUUACAAGAACUAACGUGGGACGUCGUAAAUCUUACCUUCGGUAAAAUUAUUUCGAAAUAUAACAUCGUAAACGAUGCCCUUUGUGCCACAAAAGUGGAUUGCGUCGACGCAGAAAGAGUUCUGGUGCUUGUUCUUACAAUGCUGUGUAACUGUGGCCAAGGUAUCCCUCAGGAAUGUGAAAAACUCAUCCGCGAGCAUCUUCUUACGUUGCAGCUUCACCAGGAACUUUCGCAAAAGCUAAAAAAGUGUAUCGAAGAUGCACGUAAUGCAAAUGGUUUCCAAGAUGUUGUUCUGUGUUUACGAGAAAUCUUGUCACAAAAACCUCGUCAGGAAAGGCUUGUUGACGUGAAGUGGGAUGAAGUUAGGUCGAAGGACAGUCGCAUAAACUGUAGGAUUGACAUGUACUCCAAGCAAUUUCGCUAUGAAAUUGAUGCAAGUACCGUCACAAGAGAUGCAGAUUCAAGACCAAGUGAGGAACCAGAAACGACAGAAGAUGAAACCGACUAUAAUUAUUCACAAGAGUUCAAUGAGGAAGAAACUCACAGUCAACGUCAGGAACCCAGUGAAGAACGUAAAGAAGAUGCUUGUUUAGUUCUUCAAAGAGCAUAUUUCAAAUGGAAAGAUCGUAAAGAGGCGAAAGAAAAAUUUGAGGCGGAAAUAAAGAACGAUGUGGUCGAAUCUCAUUUUCAGUCAUUUAAACUGGACAAAUCUGGCUGCACCAUUUGCGGUCGUAUUCAGUUUGUUGAUCUUAAACCAAAAGUCGCUGAUCCAUCUUCAUCUGAGCCAUCGUCGACACCCGACCAAGAUGAGGAAGGAACAUGGAAAAUACACAUUCUUCAGCGAAAUACUUUCAAAACCCAUUGCUGUGGACGAAGCCCCCACUGGAAAAAAGAGAAAUCCUUUGCUCGUUUUAAAGACUUUUACAGAAAACGUGUUUGGCCAACCACAAAAAAAGCCACUCAGCUAAUUGACGAAAUGACAAAAUCACAAGAAGAGACCGAAGUGAAUUAUUCCCUUGAUUUAGAUCGACUUAAUGAUGCUUUGAGCAGGCUACAAACAACGAUCAAAAAGGUCGAAGAUGAGUACUCGUGGGACUCAGUCAGACUGAUAGAGAGUGCAGUUGAAACAGUAAACAAAUUGACUCUAGAAAUAAAGAGCACGACGAGCAGAAAAGGCGGUGUCCAACCAAACAAGCGUGGGGUAAACGAAGAUUCAGGGGAAGAAUAUGAUCAUUUGGAUGAGGAUGCUGUGGGCCCUUUGAAACCAGUGAAUACCGUACGUCGGAAGAGAGGGGGUAAUAGAAAAGGAAAAAGAAAGUGAUUAAUCGUUUCACGGGAUCGUAUAUAUUUGAAAAACGUUAAACUGAAAAAUGCAGUAUUUUAAAUUCAAUUGGAUGCUUACGGUAUUUUUAACUUCUUUUAAAUUACUAAGAAAAACGGCACAAACAUAAUGUUCAUGUCCAUACAAACAUAGCGAAUAUGCGGUGGUAUUAGUUACCAAUUAAAUAACCAUAAAGGAACAAAAACAAUCCAGUAUUAUGGCAUUUAACGGCCGGUUUUUUUUUAAUUUAACAGAAGGUUUUUUUUUUAAUUUCGGAGGUCACUAUUGAGUACAAAACGCGUACUAGGAAAAUGUUAUGUUUGUGCAUUUUAUCAAACGCAAUUUUAAUAGCAAUUUAGAUGUUGCAAAAAACUUUAGCUAUCAUCAUUGUUGUCAUAAAUUUCUUAUUGGUUGGGGUUUCUGUUAUCUAGGUUAGAAUACUUGUUUUCAGGUUUUAUUUUUUUAGUGUACUUGUUGUUAAAAUAUAACGCAUUUGAGGUA